AUGCGAGAGAGAGAGAACGCAUAUGUGUACGAGGAAGGUUUGAAAAUGAUGUUAAUCUCUCCUUUCCUUUUCUCAGUAUCGGAGAGCUGGGGGAUCUUGGAGAGCAUCCAGAAGUUCUCCUUGCUGCCGACAUACCUGCCAGUGAGUUACCAGAUCCACAAUGCAGAUGUUUCUUUCUUUCUUAAAGAAGCCAACCAGGACAUUAUGAGGAACUCAAGUCUACAGUCCCGAGUGGAGUCCUUCCUAGUCUACAAAUCAAAGAGGCCGCCCAUACUGAAUGCAACCUAUGGACCUUUCUCCAUUGAACAAGUGGUUCCCCAGGACCUGUUAUCUCCUUCCAAUCCAUUUGGAGCUGCUGCCACCAAGUUCUCUCUUAACUGGAAACUGAAGGCCUACAUCAUGAACAACAAGAUCUACCCAAGUCGGCCCAAAGUCCAGAUUCUAUUCUAUAUCGUUGGGAGAGAUUGGGAUGAUUACAGAGUCACGGAGCAGCUGCCUUGCUUGAGGGUGUUUGCUUUCCGAGAGACAAGGGAGGUCCGAGGAAGUUGUAGGCUGAAGGGGGAUCUGGGAUUGUGUGUGGCUGAGCUGGGACUUCUUCCCAGCUGGUUCAACCCACCCACAGUGGUCGCAGGCCGUAAGAAACUGCUGAAUCAGUCAGAAGGCAGUCCGGUGGAGCUUUACUACGCUAUCCAGCAGGGCAACGAGAAAGGAGAUUGUGCCAAAGAGGACCCAAGGAAAAACAACGGGAUUAGACCCGGACGCAAUGACAUCGAUGAAUCGGGGCCACCUUUGCAGAGGAUUGGAAGUGUUUUCCUUUACCAGACACGGGGCAGCCCUUCCAUGAGUGAAAUGAGGUUGGACAAUAAUGUUGCUAUCCAAUAUAUACCAAAGACUGUCAAACAAGGCGAUAUCUUGACCUUUGUGGUUUCCAUUGCUAAAAAUUCAACAGAGGACCAGUUCACAUUGAGGGCAAAGGUCAAGAAAGGUGUGAACGUUUUCAGCAUCAGAGCCAGCAACCCACACACAUGGGAUGUCCAGAAGAGCGUGGAUUAUAUUGGGAAAUACGCCCCGGCUGUCAUAUUUUGUCGCAGAAAAUCGACUCCCUUGGGAAAGAGUGUGGCCGCUUCUCCUUCUGAGAUUAUGCAGAUCGAUUUUGAAAUAGAAGAUCUCACCGAAUUGCCUGGGACCCAACUUAUUACCUGGCAGGUAGAAUAUCCAGAAGAACGGACGUCUGAUCUUGGCAUCUCCAAGAUUUAUGUAAGCCAGAAGGAUCUGGUUGGUGUUCUUCCUUUGGCUAUGGAAGCUGAGAUCUUGAACACUGCCAUUCUCACCGGGAAGACAGUAGCGGUCCCUGUGAAGGUGGUCUCCGUAGAAGACGAUGGAACCGUCACCGAUCUUCUGGAGUCUGUGGAGUGCAGGUCCUCUGAUGAAGAUGUGAUUAAGGUCUCCGACAGAUGUGACUAUGUCUUUGUGAACGGGAAGGAAAUGAAAGGCAAAACCAACGUCCUUGUUCAUUUCACAUACCAGCACCUGAGCGCCCCACUAGAGAUGACCGUGUGGGCUCCCCGCCUCCCUCUGCAGAUCGAGGUCUCUGACACGGAGCUCAACCAAAUCAAGGGCUGGCGGAUCCCCAUCGUCUCCAAUAAGAGGCCAGCCAGAGACAGCGAUGAUGAAGAGGAAGAUGAGCGGAAGGGGCGAGGCUGCACCCUGCAGUACCAGCAUGCCAUGGUGCGGGUCCUCACUCAGUUUGUGGCUGAACCCUCAGACCCCGGUGGCCCGACGGCUUAUCUGCUGGGCUCGGACUGGCAGGUGGACAUCACCGAGCUGGUGAGCGAUUUCAUACAGGUGGAAGAGCCCAGGAUUGCAAGGCUGCAGGACGGGCAGGUGCUGGUUGGACAGGAGCUCGGGAUGACGACAAUUCAGAUUCUAUCCCCGCUUUCCGAUGCUAUCUUAGCGGAGAAGACCGUGACGGUCCUUGAUGAGAAGGUGACCAUCACUGACCUGGGAGUCCAGCUUGUGAGCGGGCUGUCACUCUCUCUGCAGCUGAGCCCGGGAAGCAACAGAGCCGUCUUCGCCACUGCCGUCGCUCAGGAAAUACUUCAGUCACCAAAACAGGAAGCUGCCAUCAGUUGUUGGAUCCAGUUCAGUGAUGGGGCUGUCAUGCCCUUGGACAUUUACGAUGUCAAGGAUUUCUCUUUGGUGGCCACAUCUCUGGAUGAGAAGGUAGUCUCUGUCCACCAGAGCCCGAAAUUUAAAUGGCCUCUCGUCACAGCUGAGUCAGAAGGGCAGGGGCUGCUGGUGCGGGUGGAGAUGGUGAUCAGCGAAUUGUGCCAGAAAUCGAAAAGGAAGAGUGUUAUGGCUGUUGGGACUGGGAAUAUCAAGGUCAAGUUCGGGCAGAAUGAUGCCAACCCCAAUACCAGCAACAGCAAGCGCGGUGGGAUUGGCAUGCCCCUGGAAAACCAUACCAGCGACCGGCGUCAGAAGAUAACCUUGCAGGAGAGGUCCCGGCAGGAUGGGCCUUAUUACACUUCAUCCAUGGGCCAAGAGGAAGCCAGAGGGGUCAGCACCCAGAAGUCCAUCUUGAGUAAAAAGGAGGACCGUGAGAGUCUACUGGAUGAUGAUAGCCACAUGCAAAACCUCCCAAUAGACUUCACCAGUUUCCCAGCACAGGUGGACCUGCCAAGGAGCAAUGCAGAUUCCGAGGAGGAUGACCUGGAGGAGAUGCCCCGGGGCCUCAGUGACUUGGAGAUUGGGAUGUAUGCUUUGUUGGGAGUCUUCUGCUUGGCCAUCCUGGUCUUCCUGAUCAACUGCGUCACCUUUGCUUUGAAGUACAGGCACAAGCAGGCUCCCUUUGAAGAGCAAGAAGGCCUGAGCCAUUCUCAUGACUGGGUAGGGCUGAGCAAUAGGACAGAGCUGCUGGAGAACCAUCUCAAUUUCUCCACACAGCAAGAGGAGUGCAUUACAGCCAUUGACCGAGGCAUGGACUUGGAAGAGAGCAAGUACCUCCUCACAGCCAAUGCCCAGAAAAACCUCAAUGGCCAAGUCUUCCGAGCUUCAGAUUCUGCCCCCUUCCCUGAAGGGAAGGAGCAGAAGAACGAACAGCCUGCCUCACCAACCUCCAAGCGGAAACGUGUCAAGUUCACCACCUUCACCACCAUCUCUUCGGAUGGCGGGUGCCCCACCGUCAACUCCAUCCUGACCAGCAGUGCAGACGAUAUCAAAUGGGUUUGCCAGGACAUGGACCUGGGGGAAUGCAAAGAACUAAGAAACUAUAUGGAACGGCUACAUGAAAAUGCAUAA